CUUUUUUCCUAUUUCAAAAUAAAGCGACUCUAUAAAUAGCGACGGCCACCACUUGAAACGUUUGCCUUCCUUCGGCGGUUUGGAACAUGCCGGCCCUCGGCGUCCACAUGUUUAAUUGCCGCUUGUGAGGAAGGUCUGCAGCGCGGUGUUCGGGUGGUUCUGCAGGGAACAAAACGGUGAAAUGGUGCUGAAACGCGUGGUAAAGUUUUAGGUGGGAAAAAAGAAUAAUAUGGACAUGGGGUGACACUGCUCUUAACGGAAGGGAGCUGAAUGAAGUGUGCGCUAUUUAUUAAUGGUUAGAGAAUUCGAAUGGUGAUUGUCAAACCAGCUACCUUCAUUCGGGAAUUCUUCUUGAACUUUUUCUGGAUUAGUAUUUUAGCCUGGUUUUAAAGAGGAUCGCAACACUUUUACGAUCAAGUGAACCUCCGAGGAAGACGGGGAUACCUGGUACAAAACUACCCCGCCAAAGAAGAAAUGUGUUGCUAUAGGUUGCCUUUGUGGAGACCGUGGCUUUUGUUACCUCUCGUGCUCAGCUGCCUGGCCCAGGAGCCGAAGCCCACCAGAUGGCCUCUGCUCUCCAAGAAGCCUGUUCUUCUGGCCUGGAACGCCCCAACAGAAGACUGCUUACCUCGCCAUAAAGUUCAGUUUAAGCUGGACCUGUUUGAAAUCGUGGGAUCACCUAAUGAGGGUUUUGUUAGGCAGAACCUCACUAUUUUUUAUAAAGACAGGCUUGGGUUAUACCCAUACUUAGAAAAGGAGGGUUCUGAGGUGAAGAGGGUGAAUGGUGGGCUUCCCCAGUUAGCCAGUUUAAAUCAGCACCUGAACAAGAUGCCAGAAGGUGUAAAAAAGUACAUCCGUGACCCUACAGCCCGAGGCCUGGCGGUCAUCGACUGGGAGGAGUGGCGGCCUCUUUGGAUUCGGAACUGGGAUACUAAAGAUGUAUACCGGAACCUGUCCCGUCGUCUUGUUGCUGAGAAGAAUUCUACGUGGCCCACGGACAAGGUUAACAAAAUGGCCCAGCAAGAGUUUGAGAUGUCAGCCAAGAAGUUUAUGCUCGAGACCCUUAGGCUGGCAAAAACUUUGCGGCCUGAACAGCUAUGGGGCUUCUACCUCUUCCCAGACUGCUACAACCAUGACUACAAGAACAGUCUGGAGAACUACACAGGGCGCUGUCCCGAUGUGGAGAUGGCACGAAAUGACCACCUGGAAUGGCUGUGGACGGAGAGUACAGCCCUAUUCCCCUCCAUUUACAUGGGAAAGGUCUUGCGCUCAACAUCUUUUGGUCGCCAGUUUGUCCGCAACCGAGUGAAAGAAGCCAUGAGGCUGGCUUCGGUUGGAGAGGGUCUAGCACGCCCAGUCUUCGUUUACACGCGACCUACCUACAUCAACGUGUUGGACCUGCUGACGGAGACUGAUCUCAUUUCCACUAUUGGAGAGAGCGUGGCCCUCGGAGCUGCAGGUAUAAUCUUCUGGGGAGAGGCUACUUACGCCAGUACCAAGGAGAGCUGCACCAGUCUGAACAGAUACCUGCAAGAAUCUCUGGCGAAGUACCUGCUGAACGUCACCACUGCGGCAGAGCACUGUAGCAGGGUGCUCUGCGGCUCACGAGGCCGCUGUCUGCGGCGGCACCCCGACACCGACAUCUACCUGCACCUCGAUCCCCGUAACCAUACCAUCCAGCAGAAGGAUGGCAGCCUGAAAGUGGAGGGCCAGCUCAGCCCUGAGGAGGAGGAGCUGUACCGUGCAAAAUUCCGCUGCCAGUGUUACAGUGGCUACGCUGAUGCAUCCUGCACCCUCCCAGGCACUGCACCUGUGCUCCGCCCAUAUUUGCUGGCCAUGCUGUUGCCCCUGUUUCUGCUUUUAUGACCUCAGAGUGCCCCAUCUUGACAGAUGGUUUUUGUGGCUGUUAAUUUAACAGCUAUGAAGGACUUGCAAGAUAGAUGGUAAUUGUUUACAGAGAUCUCUCUUGCGCUGUUUUUCCACUCGCAUGUGGAUUCUCGAGUUUACAGUAGCAGUCAAAUGUGCCCAACGAAAUCAGCCUUUUUAUGUUUGUAUUAGCUAAAAUAGACGAAUCACAGAACAUUUUUACCUUUUAACACCUUUAACAUAGCCAAUACAACACUUGGGCCCUAAUCAUACUUUGUUCUAAAAUGCAUCUUGGGCAGUCGUACCAUAAAUCAACAGGACACAUCGCCUGUCAUGCAUCUCCAGUGUGUCGAUGACUUUUUCAGAUUUUGUUAUUGCCCUGCACACAGUUACGUCUUUGUCAGGGACACAUUAGGAGGCAUUAGCGUUUACACUGCAAAGGAUAAGUGGUGAGAUGCAUCCUACAUCUCCUCUUGGUGAUCAUUUACACUUGUAUUUAGCCCCGUCUCUUUGCCAUCCGAUUACUCAAGUUGCAUUUUAAAACCAAGUGUGAACAUGGCCUUGGUUAUUUAAGCUUGUACACUCAUUCAUAUUUUGCCGAUGCGCCGUUUGAAUAUACCAGUAUGUGCUUGGAUAAGGCUCUUUCAAUUUAGACUGGAUUUUGCAAUUAUAUCCCUGUUUUUUGCAAAAGCGCACAAUCAAAUUGUAAGGGCAUCUCCGUUAAUGUUCUGCAGGCCUGAGAUCAGAGUCCUGACUGGGCCUUUUACAGAACUUUUAUCUUCCUUUUAAGGCUGGGUUUGCUGUGUGAUUCAGGUUGUGUUUAAAAGUGACAUUCAGCUUCCUCACAGAGAGAAAUCGUUGUUUUGCGAGUGCGUUUUUACGUCCCCGCCUCAGAGAGAAGCAGUUCCACAGCAUAAUGCUGCCAUGUUUUCUGAGGAGCUAUAUUGGCAUUAGUCAAACAACUCUUGGAAUUAAGUUGCCUAAUGGUCUGAUGAGACCAAAGUUAAUUUCAUGCAGAAGGAUAUGAGUGAGGCUUGUAAAGCUUGUGAGGACUCGUGCUCAUCCUACCCCACAGCUUUGUCUUGUGGAGAAUGUGAAACUGCUGUGAUAUGUGGUGUGUGGGCAGUUACUUCGAUACCUAUCUAUCCCUGCAGCUUCUGCUGUAAGCCCUUUAGCUUAGCCGAUACUCUUCUUCCUGCCCUGCACUGCCAUCAGCUUUGGAGGGAUGGCUUGAUCUUUGCAAUCUACUGGCGGUGUUGCAUUUCCUCCACUUCGUAAUUACUUUCAUAGUGAUCCAAGACAUAAUCAUUUAAUGACUGUUUUAUAUCCCGCAUCUGAUUCAUAUUAUCAGUAAGAAUACCAUUAAUAUUUUUUUCAGUUCCUUGUGGCUGGUUAUCAUCUCUAUAUUGAACAACCAUAGAUGCUUUGGGGUAUUCCUUCAGGGCAGGAGGCACUGUGUGGCCUGUGAUCAGAAGGUCACUGGUUCACACACCAGCCUUGGCAGAAUAGUCACAGCUCCAUUGGGUCUUUGAUCAAGGCCCUUAAGCAGCUUGAUGAAUGGCCUGACCUUGCCCUUUUAACUGUGUAUAUUGCACUGUGUAAAAGUCUUAGGCAGUGAAACAGAAUGUUUGAAGUAAUACACCUGGGCACUAAGUGUAUAUUUACUAAAAACAAAAAAUGCAGUUUAACAUCGGAACAUCUGCAAAUUAAAUAAUACACGAAGAAGAAUUUCUUCUGUUCUCUGAAAAGUAAGAUAAUUUGUUGGCCAGAAGAGGACAGCUUCAGUCUUCAAACCUCUCCUCUGGGGCACCUCAGCCGUUCCAUGUAUUCGUUAAAUUUCAGCUAUUUGCUGUAUAGCUGCGAGACAUAGACGCUAUCCAUUGAUCUGAUGCAUAGACUGGACUCCUUUGGUAUUGUGUCUCUUCGGAGAAUCCUUGGGUUCCGCUGGUUUGACUUUGUGUCGAAGGAGCAGUUGCUCAGGGAGUCCUGAAUGAGGCACAUUACCUGCGUUGUGAGGGAGCGUCAGUUACUGCACUAUGGCCAUGUGGCGAGAUUCCCUGAGGGUGAUUCGGCUUAUUUCUGAGGAUCAGAGUGGCUGGACCAGGCCAAGGGAACAGUGAUCCAGUGGAGAUCACUGAAGACUGUUUGAACAUGAUUUUUUUCAGAGAAAUAGCUGGAUUCACUUGGGACUGAUCAGAUUCACUUGAAUUCAUGUUGAUUGAAAGCGAGUUAUCUCUUUGUAUCAAGCCUGAAAUUUUAAAAAGGGCAUGUAGACUUUCAAUAUGACCUGUAUCAGCUUAACAUGUCCAAACUCAAAAGGUAACAAACCAGCCCUGAAUAUGAAUUCAAGUACACAUCAUUAGUAGAACCACAGCAUCCAUCUUGUUUUGAAUCUUUUUCUUUUAGUGGAAAUAAUGUCUUUGAAACACUAGAAUAAGCUUUUUGUUGUUAAAUACUCCAUAUUCUGCUGUUUCCUGGGUUCUGCUGAAAAGUUCAGGAUUGUUUUUGUUUCAAGUGUUCCGGUCCAGGUCGUUCUUCCUUGGAGGCGUCCAUUUCCAGCUCCUAAAAUGCCACCAUUUGGCCUAUUACUGUUUUUCAAGCCCUAGGGCUUUUGUAAACCCUGCAGACUAUGUGCAUCAUGUCUCCUAUUCCCCCCCGCAGACAGCAGUCAGAUUGCCUGUUGUUCAGCUGCUUGCAUAUUCAGGAGCUUGGGGUCACACUGGAAUGGCAGGGAAAAAGUUUCAACUAUUUCAUAAUUUAUAUUGUUGAAGAUAAACAUUUUUAUAUAUAUAUGAAUUUCUAGUGCUUGAUAUUUUUCUGGAAGAAACUGGAAUACUGCAAGUCUUGCUUUUUAUGUUUCCACCUGUACAGUUUACUGCAGUGUACUACAGUAUACAGUCAUUGUACUGUCUACAGUCAUCGUAGGUGUAUGCUCUACCUUUUGUGGACAAUUUGCUGCCAUUGUAUCAUGAUUUUUUAUUUUUUGUUAUUGCUUCCUUCUUUGUGGCCAAACACAUGCAUGCUACUUGGACAUCCCAGUAAAAUUACCUCCCCCCCCCCGAAAGCACAAAAUCAGGAAUAUGGCUAAUAAUAGCAAAAGGAUAAAGUGUGGAGGAUGUGUCCUUGUGUUUUAACAAGAAAGCAUCUUUGCUGUGGUUUAGGGAGUGAAUCCACAAACGGGCCUGUUGAGGAGCAAUCUGAUCGUUUCUUUCACUUUUCCCUUAAAACAAGCUUGUGUAUUUUUACAAUAACUUUUGCUGAAGUUUUCCAUAACUGUAUUUUGUGAUAGUUAUUAGCUUCUUGUUCAAUGUAGGGUUUACAUUGCAGUUUUUAAACUAUCACUUUGAUCUCAAUCAUCGCACCUAUAGAGAAAUUUAACCUCCCAGGAACAUUUUAGCUGCAAACUCUAAGCACUGAUACUCAGUCUUUCUCCAAAUUAAUACAUUUAUUUUGUGUUGUGUUCUUGGCACACUUGCCUAGCAUUUAUUGCAUCAUUUGUAGCUAUUUCAUUGUGACUUAGUUCCUAAUUUACCAUAAUUAAUUGUAUCGUUACACAUGAGUGGGGAUUCCUCCUCCUCAUGGCUUGAUCAUCGUCCUCACCCACAGUUUUCUGCACUUUGCAAAUAAAGGCUGGAAUGAACUAUUAAAAUGCAGUGGAUUUAGAAGAUGGUGUAUGUUUUUAAUUUUUUUUUUUUUUUUUAAUAUAUAUGAACUGUUGCCAGAGUUUUCAUAUGCAGUGUUUCAUUGAUUUUGUUUUUACAUCUGUUGUAAAUAUUUCAUGUUUCACUGGUGUUUUCUCUGUAUAGUUUUUCAUGGGAGAAAUAAAUAUUUUUCCUUAAGUGCUCAAAAUAUGA